AAUCAGUAUCGUUUUGAAGGAACUGGCUUUCCAACUAUUCCUCAGCUCAUAGAACAUCAUUAUACAACAAAGCAAGUUAUUACAAAGAAAUCAGGUGUUGUUCUGCUGAAUCCUGUUGUUAAGGAUAAGAAAUGGGUUCUCAAUCAUGAAGAUGUCACACUGGGAGAAUUACUGGGCAAAGGUAAUUUUGGUGAGGUGUAUAAGGGAACAUUAAAGGAUAAAACUCCUGUUGCUGUAAAAACUUGUAAAGAAGAUCUUCCUCAGGAAUUGAAAAUAAAAUUUCUGUCAGAAGCCAGAAUACUCAAACAGUAUGAUCAUCCUAAUAUUGUAAAACUUAUAGGAGUUUGCACACAACGACAACCUAUUUAUAUUGUUAUGGAACUUGUUCCAG